CUCGGCUGCAGUCAGCUGAUAUAAGUCCCAGACACACACAGAGGGAACAGAACAUUCAGAUCACAACACAACUCAACACACCACACAGGAACACACAGUCCCUGACAGCUGCUCCUCCUGCUCCUCCUGCUCCUCCUGCAGACAUGAGGAGUCUCCUCCUGGUCGUGUUUGCAGCUUUAGCGCUGAACGGAGACGCGUUGAUCCGAAUUCCUCUGACGAAGUUCCGUUCCAUCAGACGUGAGCUGACGGACUCGGGGAAACCAGUGGAGGAGCUGGUUUCUGACCAUCACUCCCUGAAGUACAACACUGGCUUCCCCUCCAGCACCAAGCCCACGCCAGAGACCCUGAAGAACUACCUCGACGCUCAGUAUUAUGGAGACAUCUCCCUGGGGACCCCCCCUCAGACGUUCAGUGUGGUGUUCGACACCGGCUCCUCCAACCUGUGGGUUCCCUCCGUCCACUGCUCCCUCUUGGACAUCGCCUGCUUGCUCCACCACAAAUAUAACUCCGCCAAGUCCAGCAGCUACGUGAAGAACGGCACCGCCUUCGCCAUCCAGUAUGGAUCUGGCAGCUUGUCGGGCUUCCUCAGUCAGGACACGUGCACAAUCGGAGACCUGACCGUGGAGAAGCAGGUCUUUGGAGAAGCCACCAAACAGCCCGGCGUGGCUUUCAUCGCCGCCAAGUUUGACGGGAUCCUCGGCAUGGCCUACCCACGCAUCUCUGUGGACGGCGUGGCUCCGGUCUUUGACAACAUCAUGAGCCAGAAGAAGGUGGAGGAGAACGUCUUCUCCUUCUACCUGAACAGGAACCCAGACACGGCGCCCGGCGGCGAGCUGCUGCUGGGAGGAACCGACCCAAAGUACUACACUGGAGACUUCCAGUACCUCAACAUCUCCCGCAAGGCCUACUGGCAGAUCCACAUGGACGGGAUGGGGGUGGGCAGUCAGCUGACUCUGUGUAAGGACGGCUGCGAGGCCAUCGUGGACACGGGGACGUCUCUGAUCACCGGCCCGGCCGCCGAGGUCAAGGCCCUGCAGAAAGCCAUCGGAGCCACGCCACUGAUCCAGGGAGAGUACAUGGUGAGCUGUGACAAGAUCCCCACGCUCCCAGUCAUCACCUUCACCCUGGGUGGACAGAGCUACAGUCUGACUGGGGACCAGUACGUCCUCAAGGUGUCUCAGGCUGGGAAGGUCAUUUGUCUGAGCGGCUUCAUGGGCCUGGACAUCCCCGCCCCCGCCGGGCCCCUGUGGAUUCUGGGAGAUGUUUUCAUCGGCCAGUACUACACUGUGUUCGACCGAGACAACGACCGGGUGGGCUUUGCUAAGUCCAAGUGAGAAGACGCUGAGAGAGGAGUGUGAGAGCUGCACACGUUUCUGUGGCUUUGCAGUCAGAGAGCUUCAGAGACAGGUUCUGAUCCGGGAGAGGUGAUGUGUCUGAUCUGGGAUCAGCUGAUUGUAUCGGUACUGCUCCGUGUAAUGAGCCCUUCUUUUUAAAUCAGGGAUUUGUUUUAAACUUUUAAUUUGGAUUUUAGGAGGAAGUGUUUGACUACUGACAGUUUGAUGAUUCUUCAUGUGAUUUGGCUCAAUAAAGACUUUUUAAAAGCUC